UGGAUGUAGUGAUGUAGUUAUUGGAUAGUGGAACUGAUACAGGUGGGUGUGUGUCAGUCCAGAUAUCCACCAAAACUGGACAACAAAAUAACACAUUCUCACGUCUUUGAAAACUUUAACCCAUAACAAAAAAAGAACUUAGGUUUAGGCAUUUUGCUUAUAGUAGUAGUUGACAUGAGACACUAGUUUAAUUACCUCUUUGCCCCCCACGACAUGGAGGAAGACGACCCGCUGAUCUACCGCCUCCCACAGGACACACUGCACCAGAUCUUCUCCAGCCUCCCACUCCGGCAGGUCAUAAUCUGCCGUACACUCUCCAAGUUCUUUAACGCCCUUCUCUCCACGCCUUCCUUCCUCACCCUCCUCUCCACCACCCUCCCUCCGCUCCACCUCCUUGCCCUCCGCCACCCGCACCACCACCACCACCCUUCCUCCUCCCUCCACCUCUUCGACCCCGACCUCAACCGCUGGCUCCGCUUCCCCCUCACCUUCCUCCCCUUCCGAAACCCCAACCCUGUCGCCUCCUCCCACGGCCUCCUCUACCUCUGGGCUCUUUCCCCCUCCGACAACACCAAAUCCCUAAUCGCCUGCAAUCCACUCACGCGCCACUUCCGCCUCCUCCCUCACCUCGGCUCCGCUUGGUCGCGCCAUGGCUCCGUCCUCGUUGACUCCUCUAACCGCGUUAUGGUCCUCACCGAACUCGCCGCCCUAUAUUUCUCCGGCGACAGCAACCACCAGUGGAUGAAAUUCUCCUCCAAUCUUCCUGCGAAGCCACGGAGUCCGGUCCUCGUCGGAGACCGCGUCCUUGCGCUCUGCGACGUCGGCUCGCCGUGGCGGAGCCAGUGGAAGCUCUUUGCGGCGGCUGCGCCGCCACACGCGGCGUUUCAGACGUGGAGCAGGCUGGAGCGGCACGAGUGGGGUGACGUGUUUGAUAUAUUGAAGAGGCCGAGACUGGUUCGAGACAACGGCGGCGAUGGAGGUCGCGCGACAGUGCUGAUGGUUGGGGGAUUGAAGUCGUCGUUCUCACUGAACGCGCCGUGCUCGACGAUCUUGAUUCUGCGGCUUGAUUUGAAGACGAUGGACUGGGAGGAGGCAGGGAGGAUGCCGCCUGAGAUGUUCCGGUGCUUCAGGGAGUCCAGCAAGUUCAAGGUUUUUGGAGGCGGAGACAGGGUUUGCUUCUCGGCGAAGCGGAUCGGGAAGAAAUUGGCGCUUUGGGAUCGGUCCGGGAGCAGCAGAAAGGUAGGAGGAGAGUGGCGGUGGAUCGAUCACUUGCCGGGAAACGGCGAAGGGCUGUACCGAGGUUUCGUGUUUGAAGGGAGGCUCAAUGCUGUGCCUUGAUCAUUCUCUGUGCUUCAAGGGUAUGUAUGUUGAUGAUGAUGAUGAGCUUUUAUUAUUGUUUUUGUUAAUUGUGAACUCUUUGCUGUGUUGUAAACUUGAAAAUUGUAUCAUUAUAUGUUAUUACUUUUUCUCUUUGCAAGAUUUUCGCUGAUGUUGCUCUGAUAAGCUUGAUUUAGAUGUUUACAAUUUAGAAAACUAGCAGUUUGGUGUUUUAUGAUCAUGCUGAUGAAUCUUAACCUUCAAGCUAAGUAUGGACUAUGGACUUGAUUCUAUUCAAA